AUGAACACGAACAACAAACCAACAUCAGCCCCUCAUUCUGAAGACGAAAAAGAACUAAAACGAACCGAUGUAUUUGCACAGCCACAUUUCAGGACUAGUCCGGUUGCUAUGAACGCAACAAGAUAUGGUUUUGGAUACGCAUCAGUUAGCGAUAACGUGGAUACUUCGCCCAAUGCAAAUCUUCCUGGACCGAAACAUAAAAAAGAUCUUGAUGAGCUUCUGCACAAGACAGUUGUCUUUCCAUAUCAGAAAACUGUUCAAACUUUGUUCAUCUUAAAACAACCAGUUGCAACAGCCUUGCUCUUUUCAACAAAAGUCCCUUCAAAGAGAGAACGUGAGCAAGAAAAAGAUGUUCAAAAAAAGUUCCCAAAGAUUCCAGGAGCCACAAGCAUAUCAGGGACAAGGAUCUUUGAAACGGAGCAUGGCAAUGAUAAGAGGUUGGAACUUCCAUAUGGUAUUCCAAACUUUUAUAACUUUCGCAUAAGAGAGGGAAUGCUGUUUGCUGACAAGACAGUUUAUAUUGAGCACCUGGAAGGAACUCAAGGUGAUUUCAGAUACACAUUCCUUCAGCCACAUCACUUUGGGAAAUCAGCUUUCCUCAGCAUGCUGUGUCAAUACUAUGGCAUUCACAAUGCUGAAUACUUCAAUGACCUGUUUGGUCCACUUUACAUUGGCAAGCACCCUACAGAAUGGCACAACAAGCACCUUGUUCUAAAGUUUGAUCUAUCAUCCAUUAGUGUCAGUGGCCCAGUUGACCAAACAAAGGCAAGUUUUCAUGACUAUAUCAAUAAUGCUCUGACAGAUUUUGUCAUGAUGUACUGGAAGGAACUUGGAAAUUCACAAAUUGAUGCAGUGAUUAACACCAAAAAUGCUACUUCAUCUCUAAGACGAGUUUUGAGACUAGUCAGCAACCAUGGACAUACUAUGUUUGUUGGAGUGGACAAUUAUGAUGCCCCAGCCAAUAACAGUGCAUUUGCAGGCACUAACAUGGGAUUUGAUGAGGCUACACUCAAGGAAGUUACUGAGAUUGAACAGUUCUUUAAGGAGAGUUUUUUUUCUGUGCUAAAGGAAGGAUGUGGAACAAUCAGCAAUCGUGGUGCUGUCAUCAGCAAGUACUUUGUGACUGGUGUUAUUCCAGCAUUUUGCAAAGGGAUGAGUCCUCUCCAUGAAGCUCAGGUCAUCUCAGGCAAUGUUGAGCUGCAUGGCAUAUGUGGCUUUACUGAGGAUGAAGUCACAACACUAGUUCAGCACUACUUUCACAAGGACAAAAAUGAUGCAGAUAAGAUUGUGUAUUCCAUGAGAAGGCUGUAUAAUGGAUACUAUUUUGCCAACACUGCCUAUGAUGAAUCCAACCCACAACCACCUCUUUUAUACAACCCACAGCUAGUGUUCUACUACAUUCAUACAUACGAAAGCAGUGGAGUUGUUACUGUGCCUAUACCUAACAAAUACACAACCAUCCAUUCAACACAUAUACUCAGGUCUAUUGCUGACAGUGGAGGGUUUUCAGUUGAUGAUCUUAUUCAACUGAUCAUCUCUAGUAGACAACAAUAUAUUUAA